CACCGCCCCCCCAAAAAACGUCCUUUCUUCUUUGUGGCUUCUCAAAUAUCUCCCCUCCUCCCCUCCUUCAAAUUCCCCUCUUCUCUCAUCAUAUCCAUCGUUCACAAUGUUUAGAUCGGCCUUGCGUCAAUCUACCCGCUCUGUCGGGGCGUUCUCUGCUGGCAGAAUCAUUGCUGCUCGACACGUGGCCCCGGCUAUCUUCAACAAUACCGUCCGAACCUACGCCGGUGAGACCAAGGCAUCUCCAACGGAGGUCUCCUCAAUUCUUGAACAAAGGAUUAGAGGCGUUCAGGAGGAGGCUGGGUUGGCAGAAACUGGUAGAGUUUUGUCUGUUGGUGAUGGUAUCGCAAGAGUUCACGGUUUGGCCAAUGUCCAGGCCGAAGAAUUGGUCGAAUUUGCCUCUGGUGUUAAAGGAAUGUGCUUGAACUUGGAAGCGGGCCAAAGACUGUCAAGCGUACUGGCGAAAUUGUUGACGUUCCCGUCGGUCCUGAACUUCUUGGACGUGUGGUUGACGCUCUCGGUAACCCCAUUGACGGCAAGGGGCCUCUCAAUGCGAAGGAGAGAAGACGUACUGAAGUUAAGGCCCCUGGCAUUCUCCCACGCCGUUCGGUGAAAGAACCCGUACAAACCGGAUUGAAGUCAGUCGAUGC